GAGGUGGAUGUGCGGGCACACUAGGAUAGACAAGAUCAGGAAUGAAGAUAUUCGGAGAAAGGUGGGUGUCGCCCCUGUGAUGACAAGAUGCGGGAAACGAGGCUCAGAUGGUUCGGGCACGUGUAGAGGAGAAGCAUCGAUGCGCCGGUGAGGAGGUGUGAGCGGUUGGCCGUGGUGGGCACGAGAAGAGGUAGAAGGAGACCUAAGAAGUAUUGGGGAGAGGUGAUCAGGCAAGACAUGGUUCGUCUGCAGAUUUCCGAGGACAUGGCCCUUGAUAGGAAUGCCUGGAGGACUAGCAUUAGAGUUGUAGGAUAGGGGUAGUAGAGCUUGCCUUUCUGCAUGCCGGGGGCGAGGCGGGGUUGGAUUGGGGUUGAUCUUAGAUGGUUGGCAGUUUAUGUUGAACCCACACUAUUCUUGUUGUUUAUCUUAGAUUCCCUAGACUCUGGCUACUGUUAUUGCAUGUCAUUCAUCUUUUGAUUUUUAUGCUUCUGUUACUAUAAUGAUUUUUACUGGAGUUACCAAUGAAUUCUUUUUUCUUUUCUUGUUUUCCUUGUUUUUCUCUAUUUCCGUCAUUCUGAGCCGAGGGUCCAUCGGAAAUAGCCUCUCUGUCCUAUCAGGCCAGGGGUAAGGUCUGCGUAUACACUACCCUCCCCAGACCCUACUAUGUGGGAUUUUACUGGGUAGUUGUUGUUGUUGUUGUUGAUUGCCCGUUACUGGAGUACUUGGUAUUGCAGAUAUCAUAUAGUUUUUUAAGCAAUAUUCAAAUUAUUGCUCCCUGUUUGAAAUCCUUUGACUUCGCAAAAGGUUCUGUUUUUCUAAUAAAUUCUCCUCUUCUUCCGAAACUUUCACUUGUGAAUACGGAUUUUUCUAUGGGGCAUGGAAAAUAUGGUCUUGCCAAGUUUUUUGAGUCUUUUCCUGCUCUCAAGGCAUCUCCACUUGGAUUAUUGUGUGGUGUCCAGUCCUUGGUUGCAGGUGAAGUACCAAAAGAGCUCCCCUCUGCUCUUACGCGUCUUUACUUAUCUGAUGUUUGUGUAGAUGAAGGUUGGACUUUAUGUGCUCUUUGCUUGAUCAGAAGCUCCCCAUAUUUACAAGAAAUUGAAGUUCAGGUUGUGGACAAAGAAAAUUCAUCUGUUUCCUACGGUCACACAAGUCGUGGUUGUUGCAGAUCUGCUUUCGCUAAGGAGAAACUCGAAAAAAAAAGGUUAGCUUCUCUACAUCAUCUUGGGGAUUAGUAGGUUGCGGACAAAGAAAAUUCAUCCGUUUCCUACCGGUAAUACAAGUCGUGGUUGUUGCAGAUCCGCUUCCGCUAAGGAGAAACUCCAAAUCCCAGUUCGUGUAGUUUCAUCCAGAUAUGAGUUCCAGCAAAAGGGUUGAGAAGUCUUCUAAUUCAUCAGGAAAGCAGAAAGCUAUAUGGGAAACAACUACUACACCAAUGGUCGAUGAUAUAAACGUAGGCGUAGAAGAUAUGGGGUUGAACUCUGAUCAAAAUGAUGGAUGGGUAGUGUGUGCUAGAAAGUCCAAGAACAAGGGUGGAAGUAGCAGUUUUGGGAAGAAUCAAUGGUUUCCUCAGAAUCCCACUCCAAAAGCCAAACUGGGAAUGCGUAACAAUAUUGUUGGAUCAUUAGGACAGGGUUCUAGGAAUAACUGGUCUACACCUAAUUAUCAUCCUCGAAUACCUGCUGGCAGAGAAUGCUACACACCAACACCCGCUGCAGUUCCUCCUGCCCUGAAGAAUGGUUGGGAUUGGUCAUCUGUCGCUCGUUCCAAUGAGGACCAAGAUACUUAUUCCCCUGUCGCUGAUGAUGUCAAGGCUUCCUGUGAACAUGAUGGGGAGGAUAAUGAAUCGGAUUUGCCUGAUGAUGACAGUGAUGAUGAGCUUCCGAGUGAUGACGACUUUGAUGAUCACUCAGAUGUGAAUGAAAUGAGUCAUGAGGCACGCAAGGAAAGUCGUUGGUUCAAGAACCUUUUCAAAUGUCUUGACAGUUUGACUGUCACUGAGAUUAAUGAUCCGGAACGACAGUGGCACUGCCCUGCAUGCAAAGGUGGUCCGGGUGCAAUUGAGUGGUUUCCAGGGAUACGGUCAGUGAUGAUCCACGCAAAAACGAAAGGAUUUAGGAUGAAAUUACACAGACAACUUGCUCAACUUUUGGAGGAAGAGCUGCGUCAGAGGGGAACUUCUGUUGUACCUCCAGGUGAAGUGUAUGGAAGAUGGGAUGGCGGCGAAUAUGAAGAUAAGGAAAUAGUGUGGCCACCGACGGUGAUUAUCAUGAACACGGUGCUUGAGAGAGAUGAAAAUGACAAGUGGAUUGGAAUGGGAAAUCAGGAGUUGCGUGAUUAUUUCAGCUAUUAUGCUGCUGUCAAGACAGCGCGAAGUUCAUAUGGUCCACAAGGCCAUCGCGGUAUCAGUGUAUUGAUUUUUGAGGCCACUCCCGUGGGAUACAUGGAGGCUGUACUUCUCAGUGAGCAGUUUUCUGAAAAAGGAAGUGAUAGAGAUGCAUGGGAACACAAUCCAGAUCGCUUUUAUCCUGGGGGGAAACGUAAGCUUUAUGGUUACAUGGCAGAGAAAAGAGACAUGGACAACUUUAACCGUCAUUCACAUGGGAAAUCAAGGCUGAAGUUCGAGAUUCGGUCAUUGAGAGAAACUGUUAUGAAUCCAGCGAUGCAGAUGUCGGAGGAUAAUCAACAGCUCAUAUGGUUCAAGAACCAAGCCACUAAGCACCAAAAGCGGGCUAAAGCUACUGAAGAGUCUCUAAGACUGGUGAGUGAAAAGCACCGUCAGACAGUUGAAGAGAACAAGAUUGUCAGACUGAGAACUAAGAUGCACCAUGAACGGAACAAGGAAGAGAUGGAGUAUCUAGAGCAGUUUUUCAGCGAUCAGUUGAAAAUGAUUUACGAUGCCAGGACCGCUGAGGAGGACAAGUUUGAAAAGAUACAGCAGAAACAGCGUGCGAUGAUCUAUCAAUCUAAUGCAACUAUUUCCUUGGCUGAGGAUCAUCGACUCAGGGCAGAGAAAGUUGCGAAAUUUAUCAAACUUCAGGACCAUGAAAUGGAAGAAUUUGUGGAAGAGAGGGAUAGUCUGAUAAGAGCUCAUGAAGAUAGGGUAGCUGCAAUGAGACGCAAAUACUGGCUGCAAUACUCGGAAGAGGUAGUUGCACUUGAGAAGUAUUUUGAUCUCGAACUGGCUAAGCUGAUGGGGAAGUACUCAUCAAAGCAAUCUGAGCAGGUCAACAGCAGUGAUGCCGUGUGACCCUAUAGUAAUACUAUUCAAGCGCCAUUUUAGCUUUAAAUUUCUGUGAACUUGGGAUCCUUCACUGACUUUUAUAAUCCUGGUCUGUCCAUGUGUUUUGAUGAUGCUAAAGAAAUGAUUCUAGUAGUUACAUUAUAUCCUAAAAGAUAUGGCUUGAACUAUUUGUUCUAGAAGUAACGAUGCACUCUAGCUGCUAUUAAGUCAUAUUUUCAGGGGUUUAAUUAUUUAUUUUUGGGUUGUGAAACCUGUCUGUCGCCUUAUGUUUGAUCACUUAACUGGUUGCUUUUCUUGGUAAUUGAAGGAUUCUGCAGUAUGUCUUCUAAUUCCUUUCUAAUUAUUACGUACUCUACUGAAAUUGUUUAUGAUCGACAUAUGCUCUAUCCAAUUCUGCAGAGAACUUGAUGGCUUCUUUGUGAAGGAAGGAACUUUUUUUUAUAUGCUCAAGUUCUAUCGAUUUGAUGAAAUUGUCACCAAAUCUCUUCUGCUACAUCUUGGUGAAAUAGAGAGUUUUAGAGUACGCAUUCCUUAUCACAUUUCAUUGGUGCUUCCUGAUAUGAACAAAUGGAUAUUAUAUUUAUCUUGGAGGAAAAUCAAGAAAUUAACCUUAACACACAAGUAUGUUACUUAUCGUCAUAAAUUACCUCCAUAUUUCUUCUCUUGUUUGGAUUUGACAUACUUGAAGCUCCAUAAUUUUGUUCUUUCAGCACCACUAGAGUUUUAAGGCUUCCUAAAUCUGUACCGAUUACUUCUUAAGGGGGUUGAGUUUACGGACAACUGUUUCGAAAGAGUUAUUUCUAGCUGCCCUGUUCUUAAAACACUUUCAUUGCACCGUUGCUUUGGUAUUCACCAUUUUAAUAUCACUGGUUCUAAUCUCAAGAGGUUCCUUAUCAAGGACGAUGAGAAAUUCAAAUCAAUCUCCUUAGAGAAUGCUUCUAACUUGUCUGAAGUGUCUGUUUCAUUGGAGAGAGUUGUAACAGGCAGGGAAGGCAAACCUGUUUCUGAUUUGGGUACAUUUGUGGAUACCCUGCCUAAAGUCAAAAUACUUCGUCUUAAUGGCAUGUUUCUGCAGCUCCUAGAUGAAACUCCUGUUCUGCCAAUGUUAUCGCCAUCAUCAUAAUCUCUAAAGAUUCUUGAACUCAAAAGGUGUGAACUUUAUGGACUUAAAUCCAGUAUCUGUAGCUGUCCGCCUACUUAUAAGUGCUCCCAACUUGCAAGAACUCUAUGUAGAGGCUUCUACAAUCGAGCUAAACCAGGAACAAGUCUCCGAUUAUCUAAAAUGCUUGGACUGCACAACUUUUCCCCUUAGCAAGCUUCAUCUGGUCAAAUUAACGAAUAUCUCAGCUUUCAUUCCCGAGUUUGAGUUUAUCCGAUUUAUUCUCUUUAGCUCGCCAUCACUUGUGACAAUGAACAUCCUGGAGCACCCAGAACUUGAAGCAGAAAAAGCAUUGAAUAUAGCUAGGAAGCUGCUCCAGUUGCGGCCACCAUCAGCAGUGUCUAUAGAUUUCUCAAGGGACAGCAAAACAUAAGUAUCAUAAUCUGAGUUUCAGGGAACUGGCAUUGGUGCAUGAUCUGUGGGAUGUUGACGUUCCAAUUCUUUUGGUUGGCUAGGAUAAAGAAUUCAGACGAAAUACUUAAUUAUGUGCAGAAGAAAAGAAUUUCCCCUUUAAGUCAUUCUAGCUAACAAGAUGCAUGACAUUUAUAGCAAGUUUGCUAAUGCUUUACUUGCUGCACAGCUGACAUUUAUGAUUUGAAUUCUUAGUCCUUUUCUUCAAUGCUUUGUGGUUUCAUA